ACCACUCCCUCGUAGUAAUUGUUUCGGUGGAGCCAGUCUGCCAAUGGCAGCGAAAGGCAUCUCGACCAUCGGCGCGGCCUCGCGGAGCCUGUCGUCGUCGCUCAUGGCGGCGGCGAAGGAGCCCGACGUCGAGAAUCUCCGGCUCAUCGAGGAGCUGACCUCCAACGUGGACGCCGUGCAGGAGCGUGUCCUGGCGGAGAUCCUCGGCCGCAACGCCGAUGCGGAGUACCUCGACAAGUGCGGCCUCGACGCCAGCGACACCGACCGCGCCACCUUCCGGGCCAAGGUGCCGGUGGCGUCGUACGACGACCUGAAGCCGUACGUCAAGCGCAUUGCCAACGGGGACCGUUCGCCCAUCUUGUCAACGCACCCCAUCAUCGAGUUCUUCACAAGCUCCGGCACUUCGGCCGGCGAGCGCAAGCUGAUGCCCAUCGUCACGGAUGAGAUGGCCCGCCGCGAGGUGCUGAGCAGUCUCGCUACAUCUGUCUUGAACGUGUACGUGCCUGGGCUUCACACGGGGAAGGGGCUCUACUUUCUGUUCGCCAGAUCGGAGACGAAAACACCAGGCGGCCUCACGGCGCAGCCCGCCUUGACGAGCGUAUACAAAAGCGAACACUUCAAGAGGGCCUACGCCUACACGAGCCCAAUGGCGGCCAUCCUCUGCGAGGACGCGUCACAGAGCAUGUACGCGCAGAUGUUGUGCGGCCUGUGCCAGCGCCACGACGUGCUGCGCGUAGGCGCCGUGUUCGCCGCUGCGCUCGUCCGGGCUAUCCGCUUCCUCCAGCUCAACUGGGCUCAGCUCGCGGCGGACAUCGAGACCGGAGAGCUCAACCCCCGCGUCACCGACCCGUCUGUGCGCGAGGCUGUCGCCGUUAUCCUCCGGCCGGACGCUGAGCUUGCCGAGUUCAUCAGGACCGAGUGCUCCAGGGGCGACUGGACCGGCAUUGUCACGCGCCUUUGGCCAAAAACCAAGUGUCUGAAUGUCGUCGUCACCGGCGUGAUGGCACAGUACAUCCCGACCCUGCAGUAUUACAGCGGCGGCCUGCCGAUUGUGAGCGGCAUGUAUGCUUCCUCCGAGUGCUUCUUCGGCCUCAACCUCCGUCCCUUGUGCGGCCCGUCCGAGGUGUCCUACACCAUCAUGCCCAACACGGCCUACUUCGAGUUCCUCCCCGUCGGCGAGGCCGUCGACGCGAGCAACCUCGUGGAACUCGCCCGCGUGGAGGACGGGAGGGAGUACGAGGUGGUGGUCACCACCUACGCUGGGCUGAACCGAUACCGCGUCGGUGACGUCCUCUGCGUGACGGGGUUCCACAACGCGGCGCCGCAGUUCCGGUUCGUGCGCCGCCAAAGCGUGCUGCUAUCCAUCGAGGCAGACAAGACCGACGAGGCCGAGCUGCAGCGCGCGGUGGAGCGCGCCUCCUCGGCGCUCCUCCGCCCGCGCGGCGCGUCCAUCGUGGAGUACACCAGCCGCGCGUGCACCGAACGCGUCCCGGGACACUUCAGCCCCGCCCUGCCACACUGGACCCUGGCUCCAUGACCCGAAGAUGUCCUCGAUCCGACUAGCAAUGCAUCCUGUUU